UCCCUAAUAUAGAGAGAAAAUAGUGAAUAACUAUCAACCAUUAGCCUGUAACUAAACUCCUCCUUAGAGAUUAGAGAGAAAAGCUACUUUCAAAGUUGCCAAAAUUUUGCAUGAAUUUGAGCAUCUCUCUACUUCCCCCAUUUCAUCUCUCCUGCAUUGCAUCCAUCACCAUCUUCAACAAGUGAAAAACCACCUCCACGCACAGUAAAAAAGAGCCACCAUAAAGCACAAUGAAAGGCGGAGUAGAUUGAGAAGUCCGAGCCAUGGCCACCACCAACAGCACCGCCCCUCCACGGGCCCCCGGGUCCUGCGAGGCGACUGGGUCAGAAAAAAAUGUCUCCAACUUCAGCCUCGCCGUGGUGGUGAUGCAGACCUGCAUAAUGCUGGUCUCCAUCAGGGUCCUCCAGGUCCCCCUCAAGCGCAUCGGCCAGCCCCAAAUCGUAGCAGAAAUCCUGGCGGGGAUCAUCCUGGGCCCGAGCGGGUUUGGCAACUUUGGCCUCAGUGAUCUUUUCCGGCCGGAGAACAUGCAAGUCGUGGGCCUCCUCUCGUGGGCUGGCCUCUCCUUCUACACGUUCCUUAUCGGGCUCAACAUGGACCCCUGGGCACCAUGGUCCUCAGGCAAGCGUGUGGGUGCCAUUGCCUUCGCUGGCGCUGCUGCAACCUCCAUCCUCUCCCUGGCCGUCACCCCCAUCCUCAUGAACGUCACAGGCCACACCCUCCCCUAUGCCCCGGUAGCCCUUAUCCUGGCCAUUGCCAUGUCCAACACCGCCUCCCAAACCUUGAGCAGCCUCACAACGCAGCUGAAACUCGGGGAGUCGGCCGUGGGUCGCCUCGCCACUCAGGCCGGUCUCGCCAAUGACACCGCCUUCCUCAUGCUCGUAUCGGUUGCUUCUGCCGCAUACCCACCGCGAGGGGGCGGGAUGAUCGAGUCGGCCCAACGACUCGCGGCGAUGGUGGGGUUCGUGGCGUUGAUGCAGUACUUGGUUGGCCCGUUGGUCCGGUGGAUGAACGGGCGGAAUCCGGAGGGGGUCCCGGUGAACCGGGCCCACGUAGGGGGGGUGGUUCUGGGGAUACUCGUGAUCACAACGUUGUGCAGUUACUGGGGGUAUAACAGUACCUUGGCUGGGUUCAUGAUAGGCCUUCUCUUCCCAUCAGAGGGAAGGCUUUCUAGGGUUUUGGCAGAUAGAAUUGGGUACGUUGUCUACACCUAUGGAAUACCGCUCUUCUUUUGCUACAGUGGCCAGCUCACCGACCUCAAGUGGAUGAAGAGCCCCGAGCCCUGGGAGGUUUUCGCAGUCGUCUUUUGGGUCGGGACCUUGGGGAAGAUUGUUGGGACCCUCGGGGCGGCCCAUUUGUUAAGGAUGCCUAUGCUCGAGGCCCUCGCUCUUAGCUUCUUGAUGAACGUUAAGGGCCACCUGCAUUUCAUUGCACUCAAUAUGGGCGUCGCUAGUGGGCACCUGAGCCAUAGCAACUUCGUGGCCCUAAUCCUGUGCAUCCUCCUGACCAUCGGUAUUGUCCCGCCCCUAGUGAACCUCAUCGUGAAGCAUGCCCGCCAGGUCGCCCACUACCGGCACACUGCCCUCCAGUGGCAGAAGCCCGGCAGCGAGCUCCGCGUCCUCGCCUGCGUCCACGGACCCCGCAACGUCCCCGCCUCCAUCAACCUCCUUGAGGCCUCCCGUGGCGGCCCUGCCUCCAAGACCCCCAUCUCCAUCUAUGCAAUGCAGCUCGUCCCCAUCACUGACCGCUGCGCCUUCCCUCAGGCCAAGCCUGAGGCCACCCCUGCCGACGAGGCGCGCGACCGCUCUGAGCAGAUCGGUGUUGCUUUCAAUGCCUAUGAGCGUGCCAGCGGCGUGGUCGUCCGCCAUCUCACUGCCGUCUCCACCUUUUCCACCAUGCACGAGGACAUCAGGAACAACGCACAAGACGUUCGAGCCUCCAUCAUAAUUCUACCUUUCCAUAAGGACCAGUGCGUCGACGGGCGCAUGGAGGUUUCGACACAGGGAUUUCAAACGGUGAACCAGAAAGUGCUAAGACACUCACCGUGCUCGGUCGGGGUGCUGGUGGACCGCGGCCUCGGGGGCACCACGCAGAUUUCGGCCACGCAUGUGUCGCACCAUGUGGCUGUACUGUUCUUCGGGGGGCCAGACGACAGAGAGGCCCUGGCCUUCGGCAUCCGUGUGGCCGAGCAUCCUGGCGUAAGCUUCAACCUUGUGCGCUUCCUGGAGCGCAAGCCCGUGGGGUCGCAGCGCAGCUUCGAUGAGAAGGCUUCACUGGAGAGGGAGGACUUGGACGACCUGUCGGAGCAAGAGAAGGAGAGGCAUCUCGACGAGCAGUUCCUGGUUGAGUUUGAUGAGAGGUAUGUUACGCCAGGGAGGGUAGCCUAUGUAGAGAAGAUUGUGAGCAACGGUGCUGAGACUGUGGCCGAGUUGCGAGCCUUGGAGGGGAUGUAUAAUCUCUUUAUCGUCGGGAAGGGGAGGAGGUCGAUGUCGCCAUUGACGUCCGGGAUGACAGACUGGGAGGAGUGCCCGGAGAUUGGCCCCGUCGGAGACCUGCUAUCGUCGUCGGAUUUCUCCGUGACAGCAUCAGUGUUGGUGGUUCAGCAGUACAGGAGAUCUCCGACAGCCAAGGUCGACGACGAAUACGUUCUGGUCUAGCCUUUUAUUUCACUACUUUUUCUUUUCCUUCUUUUUCAAUUCAAUGUAUUUAUUAUGUUUGGGGAAGACUUUCUAUAUUUCCUUCCCCUCCGAUCCAUCCCAUCCAUCCAAUUUAAAUGGACGGCUGGCUGAGGUUGCUUGUCUCAAAGUAAGCCAUUGUGUGAUCUA